GAACAUGUGGAGACAAUUGCACGCCAUCAUGAAAACUGGGUUCAACAGGCGCUACGCUGGGCAAAAUGGGACUCUGUGCGGUUUUGGAACAUACUUUGCUGUCAGCGCCGGGUACUCAGCCAACCCCAUCUACUCUAAAACAGCUGUUGAUGGUUCCCAGCUGAUGUUUGUGGCCCGAGUCCUGACUGGUAGCUACACCCUGGGACAGAACACCAUGAAAGUGCCUCCACCUCGCAACACCCUGCAGCCACAUGACCUGUACGACAGCGUGGUGGAUAACUUAGAGAGCCCCAACAUGUUUGUGGUGUUCCAUGAUGACCAAGCGUACCCAGACUAUCUCAUCACCUUCAAGUGACCAUCAGGGACAAACUGACACACACACAGACACACAUAUAUGUACAACCUGCUCUCUCUGCUGCUGCAGGCAGUAAGUGAGAUGUGGAAACCUUUUAUUAUUGCACGGAGACUGGAAAUAUUACUACCUGACAUUAUUGAUACUGAUCAGACUGGGUUUAUUCAUCAUAGACAAACCUCAGAUAAUAUAAGAAGAAUAUUGCACAUUUUAAAUCAUUUAC